AUGUCUCUUACUGGUCUACCGAGCGAUAUACUGGUCCAAGUCAUCAAUACCAUCUCACCGGACGAUAUCGUAGCCUUCUCAUCCAUCAACCGCCGAUUUUACUCUCUUUCUACAAAGAGACUGGCCGAACACAGGGCACUUCAGGAACAGUACAGCAAAGUGGUGUUCGAUGAUGUCUUUGAUGUUGAGAGCAGUAUCUCUCAUCCCAUAAAACUACUAUAUGACAUUUGGAAAAAUCCUAGGGUCGCCUCCUACGUUAGACACAUCAUUUUCAUAUGCAGCGACAACUAUGCUACUCAGGACUUCAGUUUUGAGCCAUCCAAUGUUGAUCGGUCGACAUGGGACAUUAUCGAGCGACUCGGUGGCUGCAAGGAUUUACUACAAACCACCCUCUACUUCAGGCAGCAUGCGGACGACCUCGAAAAGUGCCGUACUGACAUACAGUCUGGAAAACAGACUGCUGCUUUGACCCUGCUCCUAGUUUUGCUUCCUAACCUCCAACGACUACGCUAUACACGAGCUCAAGAAACAGAUGUGGCACUGCUUUCUUCCAUAUUCACAUCAUCGGUAGCAUCUGGCGUCAAUCCUGAAGUUCUCUCAAAGCUACACACCGUGGAAACAUACCAUCUAGAUUCAGAAGGGAUGACUUGGAUCAACAUGCUUCUGUUGUUCGCUGAAUUGCCCUCGGUAAGAACCCUCAAAGGGGCUCAUACCGGCUGGUCAGAAGACAUCGACUCGAUUCCUGGAUGGAAAGGCCAUAUUUCUCAUCUGCAAAAACUCGAACUUAGCGCAGGAACGAUCGAACCGGAAGACAUGGAAUCGAUGCUGCUACCCCUACAAGGCUUGACCGACUUUCGCUACCAUCAUGCAUGUUGUGGCAACACUUUCGAAGCCCAAAUCUUCGUGGAUGUCUUGGCUACCACUAUGGGUGACCAGCUUGAAGUGCUGUCUCUGACAAACGACGAGGAAGACUCAGACAUGACCACUCGUAUUGCUUCGUUCAAAGCUUUCAAGCGCCUGAAGCGACUUGAAGUCUGUAUUCAAGCGCUCAUAGACAACGCAAUGGAUGAUACUAUGGCGCCUCGACUUCUCGAUCUGCUCCCUGUAACGAUAGAGUCCGUCGCUUUACUUCCGAAUCGAUGCGAACGACUACCUCUAUGCCAAGACCUUCAAGUACAGCUUUUGUUACGCGAUAUUAUUAGCGAUAAGCAAAAGUGCGUCCCGAAUCUCUCGACACUUGUUCUUUACAAUGUGCCGGAUGCUCAGUAUGUUGCAACACUCCGAGAUGUGGGUAUUGUGGUGGAAAGAAUGGAUACAGGGAGUCUUCCACAGCAUGC